GUCUUAGAGGUGGUUCAGCUAAUACUGGGUUCCUCACCCGCUCCCUGCUUUCUACCGUUACUAGCAUUGCUCUUCGUACUUCUGGCAAGUGCUUUCAUAUUUCUCAUGCUAUUUGCUAUGCCUAGCCUCCGAGAUGCUCUCCUGCUUUCUUCGGUACUUGCGAUCUCCGUCCAUGCUCGCCCUCAGGAUACUUUCUUUGGACAGCUAGUCACCGCUGUGGAUAAAAUUCUGGGACCGAUUGUCCAAGUCGUAGACCCGUCAGCUUUGGUGAAUGGUUCGUUGCCUAAUGUCGUUGUACUAGUAAACAAUGUGACAAAUACAACGACGGCCACCGGGAAUUUGGUAUUUGCACAUCAUAUCGUUGGCAAUACGUUCAACUACACUGUUGAAACGUGGAAGAAUGACAUCGUCCUCGCCGCAUCGAAGGGUAUCGAUGCAUUCGCUCUCAACAUCGGUGGUGAUUCUUGGAUGCCUGGUCAAGUCGCGAAUGCCUACUCUGCAGCGAAGAAUCUCAAUACGACAUUCAAACUCUUCUUCUCGUUUGACAUGUCCUCGAUCCCCUGUGCUUCUGCUAACGACGCCUCGACUGUCCGAAACUACAUCACCACCUACGCUUCUCAUCCGAAUCAGCUGCUAUACAAUAACUCUGUAUUUGCGUCCACGUUCGCUGGCGAAUCGUGCAAGUUCGGUGCUAGCAGUGUUAAUCAGGGAUGGAUCAAUACUUUAAAGACCAACUUGACGAAUGUCUAUUUCGUCCCUUCGUUCUUUGUUGACCCUGCUACGUUCAAAACCCUUACCGUCAUGGAUGGCGCGUUCAAUUGGAACGGCGCCUGGCCAGCGGGCAACAACGAUAUCAACCUCUCGUCUGACCAAACCUACCUCUCCAACCUCGGGAACCGUACCUACAUGGCCGGUGUCUCACCUUGGUUCUUCACUCAUUACAGCCCUCAGACAUUUAACAAAAACUUCAUAUACAGAGCCGACGAUUGGCUAUUCGCCCAACGCUGGGAACUUCUCAUCCAAAAUCGUACCCAAUUCCCCUUUGCCGAAGUCAUGACUUGGAACGACUACGGCGAGUCACAUUACGUCGGUCCAGUUGAAGGUGUCCAGCCUAUGUCUCAAGCAUGGGUCAACGGUUUCGACCAUCAAGGAUGGCUUGACUUGAUGAAGUACUACAUCUCGGCCUAUAAGAGCGGGACGUAUUCCGAUAUCACCAAGGACCGUAUCUUCACUUGGGCUCGUCUCUACCCCGUCAACGCUACAGCUCCGGAUAGCAUCGGAAAACCUACAAACUAUCAAUGGACUGAAGACUACCUAUGGACAGUCGUCCUGCUGACCGCACCUGCAAACGUCACUCAGGCCUGUGGCGCAAGCACGUCAACAAGUUCCGUCCCGGCUGGUUUGUCGAAGCUCAAACUUGCGUUGAAGGAGGAUUGUAGUGUGAACGUGACGAUUACGCGGAAUUCCACUACGGCGUUGACGUUCUCACCGGCUGGGUUUAAGUUUGAUACGAAACCUCCCUCGUAUAAUUUUAAUGCUUUUGUUGCUGCGUCGCCACCAUAAUAAUUUUAUCGUUCACAAUUUC